UUCCUGGCCAUCCUCCCUGUGUUUGGUGCCCGCACACAUUCCCUCCCACUUUGGCUGCAUUACUCCUCUUGUUCUGUUUUCCUUAUUCUUUUUAAUUUUCUCGUUGGUGACGAUUGAUACCAGCAUUGGACACUGCUUCUUCAUGUUUUAACACAUUCACGCUUCCUCACAUACACCAUACACCAUGUCCAAGGUCAAUCGCAGAGCCAAGCUCGCAGAGCUGCAGGCUCUUCGCAAGUCUGGCAAGAAGGCCUUCGAGGCAUAUCAGGUCGAGGACGUGGAUGCCAUCUACGACGAGGUCGACGAAGACGGCUACAAAAAGGUAGUCCGUGAUCGAUUGGACCAGGAUGACUUCGUCGUUGAUGACAACGGCGAGGGCUAUGCCGACGACGGCAGAGAAGACUGGGAUCGCGUGCGCCAGUAUGAUUCAGAGAGCGACGGCGAAGAUCUGCCGCGACGAGGACGUCCAAGCAAGUUGAACAAGAAAAAGGCCGGCGAAGAGGCCGUAAAGCGAGAUGCCAACGACAAGAGCAUUGGCGAUUAUUUCAGAAACAAUGCCGGCAAGCCGCAACCAAAGCCAAAGGCAACCAAAACACAAGACGAUGACGAUUUCAUGUCGAAUUUGCUAGGCGAAGUCGACCACAAUAUCCCUGCACCGGUAUCCCGUGUUGCUCGAAUGGAGAAGCUCAGCACCAACCGCCGCAAGUCACGGGCUCUUUCCCCCGCCCCCGAUGAGUCUGCCUCGAAAAAGAUGAGGCGCGCCGAAGAUAGAUCCGCCGCCGCUCUCCCGACGCUUGAGAACAAUGAUGAUGCAUACAUGCCUGUCCUUGACGACGCCCCUGCGCCAAUGAGUGACAUCCCCAUGAGCGACCCCGCGCCAUCAUCUCCAGCUGCCAAGGUUGCCCAGCGCCGACAAAUUAAGCAAGAGCCCAAAGAUGAUGAUGAUGAAGAUAUGAUGGAGGUCGGCCAAGCCGGCGCCGUCAACGCAAAGAGCGUCAACAUUGCUAGCGCGCGAUUGCCUAAGAAGAUCAUUAAGGAAGAGCCUUACCUUUCGCCCGCCAAUUCUUCACCAAUGAAGGCGCCCGACGCGGCUGUCGAUGCGUCGUCCUGGAACGAUCUUACAAACAACUUGAAUGUCGUCACAAAUUCGCAGUCCGAUACCCGUGGUAUUGGCAAGAUUGAUCACAAAGAUGCUAUCGAGGCGGAUGGCAGUCUAAACUUCUUCUGGACCGACUAUACAGAAAUCAACGGCAGUCUAUGCUUGUUCGGCAAAGUCUUGAACAAGAAGACUAGCCAGUAUGUCAGCUGCUUUGUUAAGGUGGACAACAUCUUGCGAAAGCUCUACUUCUUGCCCCGCGCCACCCGCAUCCAGGGCGGCGAGGACAGUGGAGAGGAGGUUGAAAUGAUGCAUGUAUAUGAUGAAGUCGACGAAUUGAUGACCAAGAUGCGCGUGGAUAUGCAUAAGAUCAAAGCAUGUACCCGUAAAUAUGCUUUUGAGCUGGAGGGCAUCCCCAAGGAAGCCCAGUACAUGAAGUUGCUCUACCCUUACACCAAGCCCCAGUUGGAUGUUGGCACCACUGGCGAGACCUUUUCUCAUGUCUUUGGCACCAACACAGCUCUCUUUGAACAGUUCGUACUGUGGAAGAACAUCAUGGGCCCAUGCUGGCUCAAGAUUCAAGAUGCCGAUUUUGGCGCCAUCAAGAAUGCUUCACACUGCAAGCUGGAAGUGCUCGCAGAGCAUCCCAACAUGAUUUCAGUUGCUAGCGACUCUGAAAGCAUGGAUGCUCCUCCUUUGACGCUCAUGAGCGUUGCCUUCCGAACCUGCUUCAACGCAGCAGAGAACAAGCAGGAGAUUCUUGCCAUCAGCGCCCGAAUUUAUGAAAAGUUUAUGCUUAACGACCCUACGCCUGCAGAGAAGCUUCCCUGCAGAACAUUUACCCUCAUCCGCCCACAUGGCAAGAACUUCCCUCUUGGUUUCGAUCAGCUUGCAAAGACACGCAACAAGGGUCUAAUCAAGCUGAUGAAGCAAGAGUCCGAGAUCCUUAGCUUCUUCCUCGCCCAGGUUGACAUUGCCGAUCCGGAUGUCCUUGUUGGCCACCAGCUUGAAGGUGUCGACUACAGCAUCCUUCUCAACCGCCUCCAGGAGAAGAAGAUUCACCAGUGGUCUCGUCUUGGCCGUCUCCGCCGCACGCAAUGGCCAGGAGCCAUUAACAAGAUGGGAGGCAACGUCUUUGCCGAGCGUCAAAUUAUCUCUGGCCGCCUGCUUUGCGACUUGGCCAACGAGGCUGGUAAAUCUGCCAUGUACAAGUGUCAGACUUGGAGCUUGACGGAAAUGUGCAGCCUGUACCUUCAAGGCAACAACCGCCGCCGCGAUGUGGACAACGAAGUUGCCUUGAGCACCUGGGCUACCGAAAAGGUUGGCCUCAUGGACUACAUCACACACAUUGAGGCUGAUACGCACUUCAUCGCUGCGCUGGCCAUCAGUGUGCAGAUGCUUCCUCUUACCAAGGUCCUUACCAACUUGGCUGGUAACUCAUGGGCGCGUACUCUGACAGGUACCCGCGCUGAGCGAAACGAGUACAUUUUGCUGCACGAAUUCCACCGCAACAAGUACAUCUGCCCUGAUAAGCAAACAUUCCGCGGCCGCCAAAAGGCUGAAGACGAGAAUGAAGAAGAGGCUGGCGAGGGCAAGAAGAAGGACAAGUACAAGGGAGGUCUCGUGUUCGAGCCUGAAAAGGGUCUCUACGACAAGUUUGUACUUGUCAUGGACUUCAACUCGCUGUACCCGUCUAUUAUCCAAGAGUUCAACAUUUGCUUCACUACUGUUGACCGAUCCACAGCCAAGGACGACGAAGAUGAGGUCCCCGAGGUGCCUGUCGACCAAGCCCAGGGUGUUCUGCCCCGUCUGAUUGCCACCCUCGUUGGUCGUCGUCGCCAAGUCAAGAGUCUGAUGAAAGACAAGAAAGCUACCGUUGAACAGCUUGCCACCUGGGAUAUCAAGCAGCUUGCUCUGAAGUUGACAGCCAACUCCAUGUACGGUUGUUUGGGAUACACUAAGUCUCGAUUCUAUGCUCGUCCGCUUGCCGUUCUCACCACCCACAAGGGCCGUGAGAUUCUGCGCAGCACCAAGGAGCUUGCUGAGAGUAACUCGCUGCAAGUUAUCUACGGUGAUACUGAUUCCGUCAUGAUCAACGCCAACGUCGAAUCGGUAGCAGAGGCGUUCAAGGUUGGCAACGAGUUCAAGAAGGCCGUCAACGACCAGUACCGCCUUCUGGAAAUUGACAUUGACAACGUCUUCCGCCGUAUCUUGCUACAGGCCAAGAAGAAGUAUGCCGCCAUCAACCUCGUGGAGAAGGACGGCAAGUUUAUCGAGCAGAUGGAAGUCAAGGGUCUUGAUAUGCGUCGUCGUGAAUACUGCGCGCUGUCCAAGGAAAUCUCCAAGCACCUGCUCGAUGAGAUUCUUUCCGGCAAUGAUGCCGAAGUCGCCAUUACCCGUAUCCACGAGUACCUUCGCGACAUCUCGACGCAGAUGCGCGAGCACAAGAUCCCUGCCUCCAAGUACAUCAUCUUCACACAGCUCGGUAAGGGCCCCAAGGAGUACCCCAACGCCGACUCCAUGCCCCAGGUGCAAGUCGCUCUGCGUGAAAUCUCCCGCGGCAAGACCGUCCGCAAGGGCGACGUUGUCUCGUACAUCAUCACAGGCGACACCUCGUCCUCCGAGCCUGCCCCCAAGCGUGCCUACGCCCCCAACGAUCUCAAGACAGACCCGAACCUGUUGCCCGACAUUGACUGGUACAUUGUCAAGCAGGUCUUCCCUCCCGUGGAGCGUCUGUGCGCCAACAUUGUCGGCACCUCGACAUCCCAGCUUGCCGAACAACUUGGCUUGGAUGCCCGUCGCUACGCUUCGAACCAGAACCAACGCUCGCAAGCCAGCGACGAUCUCGAGAUCCACCCUCUGGAGUCGCAGAUCCCCGACGACGUGCGCUUUGCCGAAUGCACACGUCUCUCGCUGCGCUGCCGCACAUGCAAGAAGUCCUCUCCCUUUGAAGGCCUUCUCGCUUCCCCCGAUCGCGUGUCCAACGCCGGCAUUCUCUGCGAUGGCUGCGGCGCCACGAUCCCCACGCUCUCUCUUGUCGCGCAGCUCGAGCACGCUAUCCGUCUCGAAACCACACGCUACUACGACGGCUGGCUUACCUGCAACGAGCCGCAGUGUGAGGUGCGCACGCGCCAGAUGAGUGUCUACGGCAAGUUCUGUGUCGGCGCCAACGGCCUGGCCAAGGACUGCCGCGGCGAGAUGCACUACGAGUACACGGAGCGCCAAAUCUACAACCAGCUUGUCUACUUUGCGUCCCUCUGGGACGUGGACAAGACAAAGGCCAAGGCUGCCGGCGAGGGCGCCAAGUCGGAGAAGAUCAUGGCGCUGGCUGAGCACAACCGCGUCCGCUUCAGCACGCUCAAGGCCGUUGUCGACAAGUACCUCGACAAGUGUGGUCGCCAGUGGGUUGCUAUGGACUCGCUCUUUACUCGUCUUGGAUUCAGCAAGUUGAUGGCUACCACGGAGUAAAAGAGAGAUGGUUGAUAUAUAUGUGUGUGCGAGUAGUACUUUUCUUUGUAUUGGGGUUCUGGCUGGAUGGGACUUUUGGGUAGUAUGGAAGGGCUUGAAAUGAGCCGGUGCGGUUUCUCUAUAUCAUGGCGUUCUCUGGACUAGCUCUCGUUGCGUUUUCUCUUUUUGCAUUUUCUCUUUUAUAUAUGUUAUGAAUGGACUAUACUGCAUUACAUCAAUUAUCUAAUCACAAGUACACAUGUCUACAAUAUGCUGCCUACGAUUCAAAGUGCGAAGAUAUUGAAAAUAACUACGUGCAUUGUGUUGCUGUCUGGGUCGUACCGACUUUAUAGAGCAUGUACAUUACGAACUACAAGCAUAUUAUUACCAGUCAACCAGUCACAGUCACAGUCACAUUAAGGCCAAGAACAAGUAGAAAGUAUCAGAAGAAAGAGACGUCUAUUGAAAAGGGGAAAAGUAUCGCAAGACAUCUGAGCAUUAAAAUCCUUGCGUGACAAGAGUGAAAACAACAACAACAACAACAACAACAACAACAACAACAACGACAGCAACAAAAAGCAAAGCACGGCGGCCAUCAACGGGCUCGCCUGUCAUCCUCUCUGGUUCCCUUUGUCUCGUGUCCGGUAAAUAAUCUUUUCCCUUCUCCUAGCAGAGAACAGCUGCGUGUACUGUUUCUCCAGCUGAAAAAAAACAUACUCUAUCGGGGCUGUGGUCAAGGUAUCGCAUGAAAAGAGAUUUCGCAAAACGUAAAACGACAAGCAGCAAGGAAGCAAGGAUAAGAUAGAAGGAGGCAAGAAGCAUCAAAUGAUCAACUAGGAGGAAGAAAUAAUAAAAAAAGGCGCAACAACUUUUGAAACCGUGUCGUGAAAAAAAGAGCCUCUGGGGCAAGAAAUAUGCGCGAGACGAGAAAAAGAUGUAAAGAGAAGAGGAAAAGUAUUGCAGACAAGAAGGGUACAAGAAGCGCAGAUGUGAGAAGAAAGUGUGUGUGCGUGAUUUGCCCCCCCGUCUAGUCUAUCGCCCAAAAUGCAAGACACCAAAUAAAAUGCUUUUUAGUUCAAGUCUACUCGCUCUCCUUCUUCUCACCAUCCUCGGGCACCGCCUUGGAUAAGGCAGGCGAGGCAGCGGCAGAGGGAGGAGACGCAGGGGUCUCCGUCUCCAUGUUGGCGAGCAGGCUGAAGGCGUUGGUGUUUGUGGGAGGAGUGGCGGCGCGGGAAGAAAGACCAGACUCAUCUCCAGGGCGGCCAAUAGCGCCACCAGGACCCAUGCGGCGUCCGCUGUUGCUGCGAGAAGCAAACAUGGAGGUAGGGCCAAGAGUGACGUUCUGGCUGGCUGUGCGGUUGAGCGAGCCCUUGAGACGGCGGAGAUCGUCCAUGCCGACCUGGUUGCUUGUCUGCUGCUGGUAGCCACCAGAGAAGGCGCGGGCAUCACCACGACCAACAGGAGGACGGCCACCGCCACCGCGCUGGUUGGUGCGGGCAGCCUCCUGGGCCUUGGCAACCUGAGCAGCUUCGGCCUCAGCGCGGACCUCGUCGAGGGUCUUGGGGCCCUUGUCGGCCUCCUUGGAGACCCAGCGUUGCUUGCGGAGAUCGACAAUAUCCAUAAGCAUGAACUUGAUACGGCUGUUCAUCUCGGGCAGGUCAAUCAUGUUCUGGAUGCGCUGGAAGUAGGCGUCCAUCAUGGGGCGACCCUUCUCAGUAUCAUCGAGGUUGGCACCAAUGGUGCGGAGGAGCUUGCACAGUGACUCGACUUCAGCCUCGUCAGGAACACCCUUAUGGUCGACGAGCUUGCGAACACACUCGUGCAUAAUUCUCUCCGUAAGCAUGCCCAGCUUGUACAGCUCACCAAUGAACUGGACGAGACCGAGACCGCGACGCUUGGCGGCAGCAGCCUGGUAGUACUCGUCGGAGAGCAGAGCAGCCUCGCCAGUCUUCUUGUCAGCCUCGGCAUCUUCCUUCUUCUCGGUCUCCUCGCCCUCCUUAGUGGCCUCGGGAACGUUGACAGUCCAGCCGCGCUCAAAUUCUUCCUGGCAUCUGUUGAGCAAGUACUUGCGGAACAAGUUGCCGCCAGUGACGACAUUCUGGUUCUUGUCCUUGAUACGCUCGUCGCGGACGUCGGGGUUCAUGGACUCCAACAUGCGCUUGCAGAACUUGGCGUACAUGGAAGCCCAGUGAGCCUCAUCAGUAGCCUUCUCAAAGGUAAGCUGAAUGACCUGGCGCAGGGUACGACCGUCAGUCUCGUCCUUGGACUGUCCGGCAAUCUCGAGGAUCUGCUCAGCAAUUCUGUCGAAGUUCUCAGGAGUCAUCUUGUUGAGAGCAGCCUUGACCUUACGCUGCACCAUCUCAGGGUCCAUGUAACCGGCGCUGGCUCCGGGCUGGGGAGCGCGACCAACACUGGUAGGCUUCCAACCAGUAGAUGUGAUGGCAAUGGGCUUGAUCUCCAUUCCGGCGGUCAAAGGCAUAGUCUUGGCGGCCUGAGCUUCCUUAACUUCGGCACGACGACUGUUGUUGUUACCGCGAGUAGAUCGGCUUCCAUUGCGGGUGUUGGACAUGUUCUUGUUAGAGCCACUGCGGACCAUACCAGGAGCAGGGAAAGGAGCACCUGGACGGAAAGCAGCCAUGGGGUUGACGCCGCUGGCAGACUUGGGCAGACCACCACCGACAGGGCCGCGGCCGGGAGGAGCGUUGAAGGCACCGCCGGGGAAGCUGGCACCGCCGCGAGAUCCUUGUCUAGCAGAAGCAGGCGUGCGGGCAGCAGAGCGGCCACCGUCUUCGCCAAUGAGCGACUUGACUUGUUGGUGGAACUCAAUAGAAGGCUGCUCGGUGAAGACCUUCUGGAACUGCAGCAAGAAGCUAGCAUCAUAUCUAAAGGUCUUGCCCUUCUUGGCGACGGCAGCAUUGAGGGCGGGGUUGGGGGACUUGAUGCCCUCGGGAUAGAGGUCCUGGCCAAUGACCUCGAGGAAGCGAGCAGACUUGAGAGACUGCAUGGCAGGAGUGGGCUGAGGAGGCUCAACAGGCUUGGUGUUGAUGGGAGCAAGGUUGAGAGCAGCAGGCUUGGCACGCUUGUCAGCGCCAACCUUGUCACCAAUGUUCAUAUCGGCGAGCUUGUCUGCAACAGACUCGACAUUGUCCUCACUGGUCUUGCCAUCGCGAGCGGCAGCCAAGGCCUCGGCGACGGACACGGUCUUACCGGACGACUCGGCCUCGUUACGCUUUCUCUCCUUCUCCUCUUCGAGGCGCUCCAUCUCGCGUUCCUGCUCGCGGAGCUUGCGGUCCUCUUCAGCGGCGUUGGCCUUACGGUUGGCCUCGUCCUUCUCCUUGUUGGCGGCCUUUUCAGCCUCCUUGCGCUUACGGUGCUCUUCCUCUUCCUUUUCGCGCUUGGCAUCAGCCUCUUCCAUUUCGCGAAUCAUGCGCUCAAUCUCAUCCUCCUCCUCAUCGGCAGGGGCGGCAGGGGCGGCAGCAGCAGCAGCAGGCUUAGCCUCUUCCUUGGGUGUCUCCUUGGGGGCCUCGGCAGCAGGGGCAGCAGGAGCCUCGGCCUUGGCCUUGUCCUCUUGGGCAGCACCUUGGGUAGCUUGCUUGAUCUUAGCCUUGAGCUCGUCCUGAAUCUCCUUGGCCGUCUUGGGGGUAGCCUGGCUGUCGGAGCGAGUGUGAGUCGCAACAACAGCCUUGGGGGCAGGGCUGGGAGAAGCAGCAGCAGUAGCAGCAGCAGGAGCGGGAGAAGCGGCGGCGGUAGUGGCGGGAGGAGCCUUGCUCUGCUGAGUAGCGGGAGCAGGGGAGGCGGGCUGCUUAAAGGCUGAGGUAUCAACGACUUCGCCGGCAGCAUUCUUAAUCUGAAUAGCUGCGCUCUUCCUAGGCUUGACGAAGUCGCCAGAAGGCUUGGCCGGGGUGCCCUGAGGGGUGCUCGACACAAUGGCGGGUUGGUUUGGCUGGCUAGCACUAGAGGGUCUGUCGGCCUGAGAAGGGCUACGAGACAUACUCUGGCUGUGCUGGUGGUAAGGAGGAACAAACUGGGGAUUGUAACCGCCAGCCUGGCCCUGAGGGGGCAUGUAACCCAUGUUGUUGUAGUUGUAGGGCAUGUUCAUGGGCUGACCGUACUGGUUCAUCUGCUGGGGAGGAUAGCCAAAGUUCUGUUUCUUCAUGGUUAGCCACAUUUCAAACUUUCCCGUCUCGGGAGAUAGGUCUAUUGGCUCAGUCUUCUUGAGCUGUUGCGAGUGGGCGAUUGCUGGUCGCUCAAAGGAUCUCCAGGAACUACUUGGGCCUUCGCGAACAUUGUCAUUACCGUUGCUGCUACCGCGUUGAUGAUGCCGACACCGGGGCCAAUCUGCAUCUGGCGGUGGCAGGGUGUUACGAGGAGCAGAAGGCGGUGGCGGUGGCGGACACUGCCCAUGUCCCACGAUUAUUGGCCUACCGUCGUACUCACGACGAGGCUUGGAUUUUUUCUGUUUAUGGUACGGCUUGCUCGGCGCUUGCGUUGCAAGAGAAGACUGAUGCUGCAUAGACUGGGGAUGAAUAAGGGGGUACUGUACUUGUUGGUGUUGAGGCGCCAUGGGAGGCGGGUAGUGGUACUGAGGAGGCGUUUGCAUCUGCAUGUUGGCGGGAGGCAUGUUGGGGGUGCCUGGCAGAGAGGGAACGGGGGCCGGGGAUCGGUUGGCCUGAGGAGAGUUGGGGUAGGGCAUGCCGCGGCCUUGGGGUUGGAAGGCAGGAGGCAUGCCACGGCCCUGACCGUUGCGGAACUGGUUGUUGGGAGGAUAACCCAUCUGGUUGUUGUAGUUGGGGUUGUAGCCGCGACCACGUCCACCCUGGUAGUUUCCGCGGUUGUUUUCACCCUGGACAGAGUGGCUCGAUUCGCGUCGGAAGUGAGCGCCGGGCUGCGCAGGAGUGCCAGUUGUGUUGGCAGGAACUGAGCCCUGGCGAACGUGACGCUAAAAAUGGACUUGUUAGUAUGAUUGCGCAGUGACUUCAUGCGCCCAUAGUUAGAACUUACCUCGCCAUCGCUUCCGAGGCUACCAAAGGUCAUCUGGUUGCCGGACUGGAUGCCAGAAGGAGGUCUACCACCGCUGGCAGAAGGCUGAGGAAUAGGGGAGGGCGAAUUGGCAGGAGAGGGAACGCUGGGAGCGUUGCCAUUGCCACCAGGGAUGGGGAUGGGGGCAGCAGCAGCAGACUGAGGAGUGGUCUGCGCCAUGGCGGGCGAGUCGAAGCCGAACUGGAUGCCAGGCUUGGCGCCGCCUACCGGGCCACCGUUCGGCACAAAGGUGCCAGAAGUGUUGGCAGCCAUGAUUUUGAGAGGAGAGUUUUGACUGCUCAGCACCGUUUACUCGGGGAGAUGAUCCACGCGCAACGGCAAGAGGAGCAGGGAGUGAAGGGGUUGCUUUUUUGACCGAUUAUGUAUUACGGAGAAGCAACUGCGCAUUCUGCGACGAAAAAAAAAGUCGCAAUUAGAGUUGCCCAAGAAAAACAAGGAUAACUUCCGGGGGUAUCAGUGUCUAUUAAGAUCGAACCGUGCAAAAAUGAGAGUCGUGUCGAUGACGAAGGGACGCAAAGGAGGUCGAGUCGAAAUCGAAGGAGGACUGGUGAUGUAUCUUUGAAAUCGCAAAAAAGCCAGAAGUCUUGUCGAGGUUCAGGGGACCGCGGCAAGGAAAAUCCGGAGCAAAGAAACGAAGGAACAAAGAGUUGCCAAUUGGGAUGAUGGAUUAAAAAAAAGGGCGAGAAACUGCAAGCGAACCAGAAAAGGUGUUGCUGUCUCUGUUGUUUUUUUUUUUUAAUUUGUCGGGGUUCCGAGGGGGCGAUUAAAUCUCGGCGAGGAGAAAAUAUCGGCUUAUAAUAAAAAGAAGAGAAAAAGAAACCACCCGAUAUAAAAACCACUCCUACAACAGGGGCUGGUUCUUCUGGUGAUGACGUUUGGAUUCUCGUCGACGAGAUGGUG